UGCCUUCCCUCUGGCCGUCCCCACAGGGAGCUCUGUGCAGUGUCCCGCCUGCUGUGUCGAGGUAAACUCUAUGCUUGCUCUCACUUGUCCCUUCUAGCCCACCUCUCUGGCCCGAAGUCUUAUCUUGUCCUCUGGGACGUAUGCUGCAUGCUCUGCCAGCCUGCCUGAGUGGCUGGCCUGUUUUUUUUCACUGCCAGCACUUCUUGGAUUCCAAUUCCAAACAUGGUAUCCCUCUGGGGUCACCCUUUCUUCCGGUGCCAAGACAGAGCGCAUUCCAAAUGGAACACAAGUGUGCCUCCCAUGCUGGGCUCUCUGCAUUCUGCUUGGGAACAACAGAGAGCAGGAUGUGGCUGCUUCAGCCCGCACUGCUCAAAUUUUCAGUCUCGGUGUCCUACCUUUCUCUCAGAACAAUUGAGGUUUUCUGUUAGGGACCAAAUGUGAAGACUGUACUAAGAAACCUGGAGCCAAGGAAGUUUGCCAAAGCUGUGCAGGGAGGACUGCGGCCUUGCUGAGGCAGAGAGAAAGUUUUGAAAUUUUCUGUGCGGUGUACUAUGUUCUGGCUUUCAGCCCCAAAACCACCAGGAGCAUUCCUGCCAGCAGAGGAGGAGCUGGUGGUGAGAAGCCGCAGGUGAGAAGAUAUCUGGGAGAACAGAUUAAUUCAUCUGAGUCUCCCAUUUGGGGACCGCAUCAGAGCCCAGCAAGCCUUUGAGCCACCCCAGAGUCAGGCACCGACACCGGCAUGGCAGGCCAGCUCCUCUGGCAGGAGCCUGUGUGCAUGAGCUGGAAGCAGGAUCUGGAAGGGGCUGUUUACCACCUGGCCAACUGCUUCUUGCUCCUGGGCUUCAUGGGGGGCAGUGGGGUGUAUGGGUGCUUCUACCUUUUUGGCUUCCUGGGCACAGGCUAUCUGUGCUGCGUGCUGUGGGGCUGGUUCCAUGCCUGUGGGCUGGACGUCGUCCUUUGGAGUUUCCUGCUGGCAACGGCCUGUCUGCUCCAGCUGGCGCACUUGGUGUACCGCCUGCGGAUGGACACCCUCCCCGAGGAGUUCGACCUCCUCUAUAAGACACUGUGGCUGCCCCUGCAGGUGCCCCUGCGCACCUACAAGGAGAUCGUUCUCUGCUGCCAGGAGCAGGUCUUGACUCUGGUCACAGAGCAGACCUACGCCGUGGAGGGGGAGACACCCAUCAACCGCCUGUCCCUGCUGCUCUCGGGCCGGGUCCGUGUGAGCCAGGACGGGCAGUUUCUGCAUUACAUCUUCCCCUACCAGUUCAUGGACUCUCCUGAAUGGGAAUCGCUGCCACCCUCCGAGGAAGGCAUCUUCCAGGUCACUUUAACUGCCGAGACUGAAUGUAGCUACAUUUCCUGGCCUCGGAAAAGUCUCCACCAUCUUCUGACCAAAGAACGAUACAUCUCCCGCCUCUUCUCAGUCCUGCUGGGCUAUGACAUCUCAGAGAAGCUCUACACGCUCAACGAGAAGCUCUUUGCUAAGUUUGGACUGCGCUUUGACUUACGCCUCCCCAGCCUCUACCAUGUCCUGGGUCCUUCUGCCUCAGAUGGAGGGCUGGAGUCCGAGAAGGAUGAGGAGGAAGGCUGCCAGCCGGCCACAUGCCCAGCUCUGGCGGCGCCCACCUCUGUCCAGCAAAGCCCGCUUUGUUCUCCCCCUCCAGCCGCCACCAAUCUUCCCGCACCUCUAUCCCGGGCCCGAAUGUCCAGGCCUGACAGCGGCAUCCUGGCUUCUGGAACUCCUCUCCAGACCUCCUCUCGAAUUAUGUACAGGGCCCAGGCCCCUUUGGCUCCACUCCACACUCCUGAACUCUAAGGAUCCCCGGGCUGUCCUUUCUGUGCGGCCAGGGCAGCUCUCCUGUGUGUUCACAAGAUGCCCACUUGCAUACCCACCCUCCUACCACCACAGAAGGCUCUUGGGCAUGGUAGGCACCUGUGCCUCAGCAGCUGGGACAUGGAAGAACUCGCUCUCCUGAGCCUUCCUUCCAGAGACACGUUCAAAGUGUUGGAUGGGCCUUAGGCGCCGUCCUUUCCUCACCGAGAGUCGCAGCAACCCAGGUGGCCUCCAGCCUCCCGGAGCCUCGCUGCCAGUGGGUGGUAAACCCCACCUCACACGGUGCUGUGAGGCUCCAAGAGCUGAUGUUAGAGAAAGCAGUUAGACAUGGGGUGGCAUCUGCGAAGCACUCAAUAAAUCACUCUCCUCUUUCUGUGUUGUUCCUUUGCAUUGUCCAAAGGGCUUGAUGGGCUCAGCUGUCCCCAGGUUUUCCCUGGUGGUUCAUUUGUACUUUUCUAUUGAGAUUCAAUUUACAGAAGCAGAUAUUUAAAAACCUAGUUUUCCCUUAGCCUUUUAAGUUCAUCUUACACAUCUAUUGUUCUAUUAUGGACCUAUAUUAGAAGGUAGUUUUUAGAAGGAACUUUAUAAACUCAAUGCGGUUUCCUUCAACAUUUAAAAGUGGAUUUAUAAAUUUAAUAUAUUCUCUCUUUCCCUAAAUACAUCUACCUAUAUUCUGAUUCUCUACUGCUGUGCAAUGCUUAUCUGUAGAGUAAGUAUUUAAAAUGGUCACAACAGUUCCUUUUGCUCAUGAAAGUGGGACUCACCUGGGUUCCCCAAGGUGGUCCUCACUUAGGGCUUCUUGUGCUGUUGCUUAGUCAGCUCUGGAUGGGGCUGGAAUGAUCUGAGAGCCUCUUCACUCACGCGUUUGGGCCCAGACUGGCAAGACUCACACAGCUGAGGGGAGGAACUGCUGGGAAAACUUUCUACCCCUCCCCAUCUCAAUAGCUGGUUCAUUUUUGUUGCUGUAUAGUACUCCUUUGUGUGAAUAUACCACUGCACUUCAUGUAUCCAGUCUACUAUUGAUGGACGUUUGGGUGGUUUCCAGCAUGGGGCAAUUACAGAUACACCCUUGCGACACCCUUGUAUGUACGCAUGGGUACACAUAUGUCAUAGUUCUUGAAUAUAUAAUCCUAGGCAUGGAGUUUCUCAGACACUGGGUAUGUAUAUGUUCAACUAUGGUAAAUACAGCCGUACAGUGUUUCUAAGAUAUCGUACUAGUUUACAUUCCUAUUCAUAGUAUAUAAGAGCUCCAGUUGCUUUUCCCCCUCUCCAGUAGUUGUCAUUGUCAUUUUUUCCCCAUUGUAACCACCAUUGGGCAUAGAUAGCAGAAUGUCAUUAUGGUUUUAAUUUCACUUCCCUGACAAAUAAUACAAUUGAGCAUCUUUCCUUUUUUUGUCAAAUGGAUACCUCCUAUUGAAAAGUAUCUAUUCUAGUUUCUUUAUCUAUAUUAAUCUAUAUCUAUUAUGAAAUAAGGAUCAAGAUUCCUUGUUUUCCAUGUGGAUCCAAGUGACCGAGUGAUGCAGUAUGUAUGAAGAUGAUUAUUCUACUCCCACUACUGUUCAGCACUCCCUUUGCCAGAAGUCAAAUGUCCCUACCUCUUACCUCUGUAGUUUUGUUUCUGGAUCUGCUCUUUUAUUCCACUGGUCUAUUUUUCUGUCCUUGGACAAUACCGCUUGUAACUUUUGUAGCUUCUUAAUGCACUUUGAUAGCAAACAUGAUUUCCUCUUCAAGCCUUCAUUAUUCUUGAUAUUUCCCUAUGCAUUUUAGAAUCAAUUUUCGAUUUUGACCAAAAAAAAAAAAAUCUGCUAGGAUAUUUUUUUUUCCUUUUCCUUGUAAUAG